AUGGGUCCUAAAUCUCCCAUCGUCGUCGCGAUGUUCUUUCUCAUCGUUUCCGUCGCCUUCGCCGCUUCUUCACAAUCUCCAUCAGCCAGUCCUAAAUCUGCACCACCAACGGCUAGCCGUAAAUUUAAUUCUCCAACCGUUUCUCCCAAAUUGGCACCGGAAACAGCAGCCGCCACCCCUACCGAGACCCCUGUCGUGUCUCCAACCGCUACCACACCUAUCUCCGAGGCACCCGUGGUUGAGGGUCCUGCAACUGAUGCCCAGUCACCACCGAGCCCACCCAUUGACGUCGGAUCACCAAUUGUAAACGCUCCUACACCCGCACCUACGCCUGGUCCUAGUGCGGAUCAAGAUGCAUCCGGUGCAUCGAAGGUUACAUUCUUUGGAGCCACAUUCUUCGUUGCCGGUCUAUUCUUCCUAUAG